GGGGUUGCUAAAGAUGUUCCCAGUAAUUUCCAGCUAUCAUCUUUGGUGGUGUGGACUUCAGAGGAGAAUCUGCCUGAACCAGCCAGGUCUAAGCAAGCAGCACUUUCAGCAUGUGCACAUCAGAGUUGGAGACCGGGCUGAACUCAGCAGGGCCUUCACACAGAGGGAUGUGGUUACCUUCUCAGAAUUAACGGGUGAUGUCAACCCUUUGCAUUUGAAUGAAGAUUUUGCAAAACAUACGAAGUUUGGAAAGACAAUUGUACAUGGAGUGUUGAUCAAUGGACUUAUUUCUGCUCUCCUUGGUACUAAAAUGCCAGGACCGGGGUGUAUAUUUCUUUCCCAGGAAAUUAACUUUCCAGCACCUUUAUAUACUGGAGAAGUUGUUUUAGCAUCUGCAGAAGUGAAAAAGCUGAAGCGACUCAUUGCUAUUAUUGCAGUGUCAUGUUCUGUAAUAGAAAGUCAAAAGACUGUUAUGGAAGGCUGGGUUAAAGUUAUGGUCCCAGAAACUCCAAAAUCUUAAAGUAUGUAUCUAAAGAUGCAAGUUCAGUCUUCAGUGUUACUGUUAUUAACAGCUUGUGAGGAAAGCAAGGACUGCUGCUCUUUACAAAGAAAUGACCAACAGGCCCAGAAGCCAUGUUAGGGGAGGACAGUUGGUGGUGGGGUGUUCAAAUAUCCACUUUCCAAUUUGGACCUCUGCUUAAUAUAGACUUGAGUAUAUUCAUCAUCUGUUUUCAAAAUUGGAAGAAAAAUUGGGAAGGUUAUUUAGCUGAAGGUUAUUUUAGGAUUUGAAACCUAGUUGUGUUUGGAUAACACAGACCUACCUGUGUCUCACUGAAUUUAUAACUAGCUAGCAUUUAAUUAUUGAAGAUGAGAGAAGUUGGGUCAUCCUUGAAUACCUACCUUUGAAUACCUAGUAAAUAUUUUUAAAUCCUGUUCAACAGUGUCUCUGUUAAAGUUUUUUCUAAUUUGUUAUGUUUACAACAAGAUGGCUUCUUGCUCAAUCUUCAGUGGCACUUGCCUGUCAAAUGGAUUUUCUGUUCUUGAAGAAGGAUUUACAGAUGGAUUUGGACUCAGUUAUAUACUGUCAUGUAUAAAAACAGUAGCAGUAGCUACUAUUUUCCAUUCUCUCCUUUAAAUAAGGCUAGAGAUUUCCCUGACUUGAAAGCUAACUGGGCCACACUAUACACAGAUAAACACAGUAUACACAGACCAGUCUUUCAAGAUGUCAAGCUCUCUGUGUUGGAAAUCUACACCAACAUAAUAGAUCUUUAAUGCAAAGUUUCUAUUUUAGUGCACAUUAUUUUCUCCCUUUCUUGAAAAUAUUACGCAGUUCCCAUUGCAUAAAUAAUACAUGCUUAUUGUAAAAAAAAAAAUAAAAGUACAAAACCAUCAUAGAGACUGGGUUUUUUGUGAGGGCUAAGGAAGAGGAAAUAUGAAAUAUAUUCGUACUGAAUGGUCAUCUGCAGCAAUUUUUUUUUUUAAGAUUUAUUUAUUUAUUUAUUUAUACAAGCACUGGGUACAGUCAGAAGCGCAGGAGGGUGAGAGAAUUCACCAGAGCCAGAGCAGAGAGCAGAGCAGGCAGACUGACAAAGUACACUGCUGAGGGGAGCAUCAGGCAGCAGGAGAGGUCUGUGCACCAUGUGGGACCCUCCUGUGGCCAGGGAGCAAACCGGCGCUGCAGAGGCUGUGGGCAGCUUCGCAACCCAGCUCUCAACCACUGCGCCACCGCGAGGCCCAUCUGCAGCAUUUUUUAAGAGAAGGAUCUAUAAUGGAACAUACAGGUGGAAAAAGUUUUUUCCUCCUGCUAAUAAUCAGUAACGAGAUUUUUUUUUUAAGCUAGAAGUGUAUUGGUUAAGGAAUUUUUCUAGUCACUAGAGGGCAGUGAUGCAUAUAUAGUGAGGAUUAAAAAACUAAUGUAUUUCAUACUCAUUUAUGAAGGUGGAAAUACCAAAAUCACUAUCAGGAGCAAGGAUACUUUAUUCUCAUGAGUCAGAUCCACCUGAAGAGAGCUUAUUUAUAUGUAAAACAUUACACGUGCUGAAAAUUUGAUGUAACAUUGAAAGAAAAAAUGGGCAGCUUGAGGUACAAAUAAGAACUUGAAGCUAACAUUUCCUAUGCCUGCAAAACUCAUCCCUGGGACUUAGUGGCAGUCUUGAAGUACAGGUCCAAAAAUACAGUGAUGUUAUCACUAGUAUUUAUCACAAGCUAAUUUUCUGUAUUUUUGAAACAACUUGUGAGGUUCAUAUCCCUUUUUUAUAGGCAAGAAAACAGACUAAUACUAUGUGAUCUACCCAAGGUUGUACAGCUAGUGUGUGGUAGAAGUGGGAUUUAAACUGGGAGCCUGCCUGUCUCCAAAGCCCUUUUUCUAUCAUUCUGUGGGUCUAUAGUGUUCUCAUUAGAGUAGUCUUGAUCUUACUCCCUAUUCUAGUUGUAGCAAUUUCCUAUAUAGUAUUUUUUGGUGGCUUCCACACAUAACUUGUUGCCUCCUGUUUUUUGUGAGGACAUCCAGCAAAAGGUUAUUCUGAAAGUGAAGUGUGGCAAUCCAAUAUGGUGGGGAAAUAAGGAAUGUCAGAUCUGGCUUACUACUGCUGUCUAAAUACAAUUUCCCUUUUUUUUUUUAAGUGCUCUGCACGUGUCAUAGCUUUCUUUGGUAUCUGUAAAUCAUUGCAAAGUCAGAAUAGAGAAGUAGAAAGUAGGCAACAAGUUAGGGAUACUGCUCUGUAAAUGAUGAUUUGUCACUUUUAUUUAAAGCCAAGAGUUUCACAUCACUCAUACUAUGUAAAAGCCAGCUAUAAGGAAAGCCUAUUGCCUUGCGUUUUCGUUUUGAGUCCUGUGUGAAUUGUUAGAAAGAAUGACUCUUUUCUAAUUAAAAUGUAAAUGACCUUCAGAUGAGGAAAUCUCUUCCAGAUAAUUGAGAGGUGGUGAACUUGAUUGUACCAGGUCACAUGUCAGUACAAAAGCACUGACUAAAACAGGCAAAUUGUACUAGCACUUUCCACAUAGGGGCAUUGUAAGCCUGCAAAUUAUGCGAAGUCUCAUUAUCAUGGAAAGACAUACCCAUCUUAAGCAAUUUCAACCUAAUGUACUGGAAAAUUGCUUAACAAAUUUUUAUAUUCUAUUAGAAACAUUUCUAUAUUGGUGAAAUGUCACCCAUUUUUCUGAGCAGCAAAUCUUGAGUAGCAAACAGAGAAAGCCUCACCACAGACACCAUUUGUCUUGUUUAUUCAUCUAGAAAAAGGGAUUGCUAAAUGUACACCAGUACCUUUUAGGUAACCACAGGUUUUCACUUUGUACUGAAUUAUUAGUCAUUUUUCUUUUAUGUUCCUGGAGUAUGAUUCAGAGACCAAUUUGCUCCCAAAGAAAAUUGCUAUUAAAUUACAUCUAUUAAGGUUUUAUAUUAAAACAUACUCUACUAAGAGUUGACUGUCACUGAGCAGCUGUGUCACUCUGAAUGCCACAUGUGUUGGCAUAACUUAUUAACUAGCUCUGUCUGGGAAGAAUAGGAGUGUUGUAGAAUUACUCUUGGGCUACGCAUAAGUAUCUCCAGGAUUCCAGAUGUUUUAUUUUGUUCUGAGCUUGUCUUCAUUUGGAUUACAAACACUGCAGAGAUAAGAAUUCUCAGAGAAAUUAUGGGUUGGAACAAGAUCGCUAGCAGAAGACAUUUAAGUUCAAAAUCAUUAGAAACCCAAGACUUAAUCUUGGUAAUACUUCUAGAACAGGAUUAGUAGAGGGCCCCACUUCAAUUUGUAGGCCACAAUUUCUAGGGUGGCUUUUAAAUACAAUCCAGUUCAAAUGACCUCUGUAUAAACCCUGGGCAAAAUUCCUCUGUAGUGUGGAAAAUAUUAACAGGUCAAGGAAAUAAGUAUGAGUUGAAUUUUUGUUUUAUAUCCAGAUCAUGAAUAUUUAAAGAAAAUCAUUUUAAGUUGGGAGGUGAUAGUGCUUAGGAACCACUGUUGUUCACGAGCUUCAGUGAUUUGAUUUGUAGAACAUUUGCCAGGUCCGGAAAUAUCCUCACUAAAACUCAUUCUUUUCAGUCAGUCUGGCCAAAUGUCAAGUUGUUAGAUAAACAACCUGUGGGCCAUCUAAACAUUUGGCAACAAUGAAGAGUAUAAAUCUUUUCCCCCUUGCUAGCACUGAGUAGUUGUAUAUGUGGCAAAAACUACGGGACUGCAUUCUUCAUGAGCUUUACCGAGCCUGAGACAGAAAGCAAAGCUGAUUUGGUUCAGAUCAGCUCUGCUCUGGGGGCGGGUUUCCCCACAUUUAGCAUGAGCCAUUCCAAAACCAAAUGGAUGUGGAGGGCUAUAUACCCCUCAAAGGUAUAUAGGGGCCCAGUUAAGUCCAGGAUCUUCAGAGGAUCACUGACAAGGCACUAAUUUGGGUAGAAAAUAAAAUCAUAAGGCUUACCAUAUUGUUAUAUUCUGAGGGGCUUCUGGCAAAAUUUCCAGAGAAAGGGAGAAAUUAGAUUAAGGGUUAUUUACUGGAAUCAUUCCAUCAAAUAUCUGAUUUCUCAUUUUUCCAUUUCCCUUGUCAAGAACAUUAUACAAAGGUGUUCUUUUUUGACCCGGGCAACUCAGUUGUAUGACUUUUUUCUAAACAUGCAAGUGAAAUAUUUUCGUGAGACAUUUUUAAAAAUCAGAAAAUCAUAAAAAUGCAAAGAAUCAUCCUACUUCCUAGAGAACACAUUUUUAAUAUUUGGUGGUCCCUUUUGGUGUUUUUCUUGUAAAUAAAACAUGGGCCCAUAUAAGUGCAUACAUUUUCUUUCAUUUAUUAGCAUAUCAUGAGCAAUUCCCAACAUCAGUAAAUAUUCUUUGAUAAUCUGCUUUUUAAUCACUGCAAAAUAUUCUAAUGAUUGUACCAUGAUUUGUCCAACCCCUUAUUGUUAGCUAUUUAUCUUUGUGCGUUAUAUAUUUGCACUAAUCUCUAAUUACUUCCUUGUGUUAUAGGACAGGGAGAGGGGCAGCCCAAACCCCGCAAACCUGCCUAUUCUAAAUGGGUUCUGCCAUCCGCCGCAUCAACACAAAACAUGAGACUUUAAUGGGAAGGAACUUUAAUACAAUUAGGAAACAAUACAGGAAAGGCAAAGAAUCUAGUUUCUAAAUGAAGCACCCAAAGUUACCCAUCCCCUCGUGGGUAAAACUCCAUCCAUAUGGGAUCGGCCCAGAACAAGGCCCCAAAGCCUGCCACAAGUCUAAAGCAUCUUCCAGUUGGGACCCACAGAAAAGGGUCAGAAACAACCAGACAAGCCUGGAAGAAAAAGAGCAAAAUCAACAUCAAGAUAAAAGCUGCCAUGGUCACCUCCCCACGGGUCUCACCCACAUUUGUGUCACCCAGUCCACGACCAAAAGACAAGCGCAGUUUCUUCACGUGUCUCUAGGCUCCAGGAGCCUCCUCCAGGUCUCCUGGCUCCAUCCUGCUCCUUCCUCAGUCUCUUCUGCAGCUUCUUCUCUCCCUGCUCAGCUUCACCCUCCCUUGGGUGGGGCAGGGAACCUCCCCCUUUCCUGGGGACCACCCUGUUACAAUUGGUAUAUCCUCCUGGAGGUGGAAUUACCAGGUAAGAACAUUUUCAGAGCCCUUGAUCUGUACAGUAUUGUCAAAUCCCAGUUCCUAGUUUACAUGGUAAGUACUCAGUAAAUAAUUGGUAAAUGAAUAAAAUGCCUUUUGGAGAGGUUGGGCCAAUUUAUACUCCUACCAGCAGUACAUGAGAAUAGCCUUGUCUUGGUCAGUAAGCAUCAGACAGAAGUAAUGAUUAAAGAAGAAUUUUGAUUUCUGUGAGUCUGUCAAUAAAAUAACCCAUUUGCUUUGAGGAAACGGAAGUAAAAAGUUGAAUCUUCCAUCUGACACAUGGUUUUGUUUUAAACAUACUGGGACACAGUGAAACGCAGGAAGAGUUUUAAUUGUUUUAGCACCAACUCAUGAAGUUCCAUGUUUCCUUCUUCAUGUUUCUCUCCAUUGGGUCUUGGUCCCUAAGUCAGUUUGUCAUGACUACUUGGCCCCUUGGGGUUACCCACAAUCCAUUAAACUUAAGAUCUGCAGAGGUUACCCUUUAGAGUGCAAUUUAGAUGUCAAAUUUUGGUGGUGUUGAUGCUGUCACCAGAAAACUUGCCUGAAAUAUAGAAAUUUAGGGGUGAUAAAUUUAUGAGUUAAAAACCUGGCGUUCUCAGAAGUAAGAGGAAGAAAGCAACGGAUAAUGUUUGUGAAAGAUUCGGCACGGUAAAGAAAAGGAGAACCAGGCUACAUUUCUCAAAGGGAGGG